AGAGGGGUGUGUAGGGACGGUGUUUGUCCUUUAAUACUUUUGGAUCUCGCAGGAUGACAAAGUUGACACGCUUUGACGGAAUACACACACAUAUCUUAAGCAUUUAAAAAGAUGAUGCGAAGACCUCGGACAACAACUGCCAAAGUUGUUGAGAACAGCACGGACUCCGACUUGUCCAUCAUACUGAUAAGUGAUGAGGAUAGUGAUGAAUGGACACCAGCAGAGCCAAAACUUAAAGCUCCCACUACUACGGCGGGAGCUCCUGCAGUACCCGGGGAGAAGAAAGCAGCUCCCAAGAGAACUGCUAAACCAAAGGAGCCAAAAGCACCCAAACAACCGAAACCUCCUAAAGAGCCUAAAGUUCCUAAGCCAAGAGCACCACGUAAAACUGCAGCAGAGCAAAAAACACAGGCCUCGAAAGUUGUGAAGGUUUCCAGGACAUCUGUGUUGGCUGGAACAAAAAGGAAAAAUAUUGAUGAAGGCAAAAAUGAUGACAAGGCUGCAGAAAAGAAAGAAGAAAAACACACAGACUGUGGGCCAAGUACCAAAAUGAAGAAAGAGAGGGUAUCAUUCAUCGUGUCAGAAGCGAAUCAAGCAGACAUGUGGGCAGGCGAGGGGUCAUCACUCGCUGGACUUAUAGCAAAGAAAGAGGAAGUGGAGGACUUCACGUUUGAUGAGCCUUGUCUAAAGAAACAGAAGACCGGUGGUGCCUUCCUGGGACAACCAAGUGCUUUACCAUCGUCCACAGCAAACGCUCUGAGGAAUGAACUCAAUAUGAACUGGGACUUCAUAGAGGUGCUGUCCACCCUGACAUGUGUGGAGCGGUGGGUGUGUGUAAAUAUCAUCAGGUUGCUUCGUGAGGAGAACACGGUGCCGUUCAUGGUCCGCUACCGCAAAGAUAUGAUCAAUCACAUGGAUGCUGACGCUGUCCGAGACGUCCAGCUGGUAUAUGAAGAGUUAGGCACCCUUUCCAAGAAGACCCAGUCUGUGAUUCAGACCCUGAAGAAAGACGGGGUUUUAACAGUGGAGCUGGAACAAAACCUGAGGAGCUGCCGAUCAGCUGAUCAACUGGAUCAUGUGUAUUCUCCCUAUAAGAAAGGCAGUAAGCUGACGAAGGCUCGCCGGGCCAAAGCCCUCGGUCUUGAGGAUGCCGCCUCUUUACUCAUGAACACACCACACACUCUGGAUUUAAGGACAUGGGUAAAACCUGGUACUGAAGGUCUGUCAUCGGUGGAAGAAGUGUCUACAGGUGUGGAGCAUAUCUUAGCAGAUUUGAUCGCCAAAGACCCUGAGACACUCGCCUAUGUGAAAACAUUGUGUGAGAACAGCUUUGUGACCAUCCAGUCGUCUGUGUCCAAGUCUGCACUUAAGGAGAAGGAGCUAAAGUCUGUCCAAGACCACACAAAACCAGGGGCCAAGCAAAACAAAAAAAUGGACAUUGACAAGUUCCACCUAUACGUUGACUUCACCUCCAACAUCCAACGCAUCCAGCCCCAUCAGACCCUGGCUAUUAACCGAGGGGAGAGUCUGAAGAUUUUGACAGUGAAGGUGAACAUUCCCGACAGGGUGAAGAAUGAUUUCACGAGGUGGUGCAUCGACAACAGGUGGAAACCGAAAACGUUUGCUAGAGAAGAGCAUUGGGCGAUCGUCAGGAGUGCGAUUGAUGACUCUUACAAAAGGCUUAUUCUGCCCUUCCUAACUAGAAAUUACAGGACUAAGCUGUCAAGUGCAGCAGAGAAGGAGUCGAUCGCCAUGUUUGUGAGUAACCUCCGGCGCUGCCUGUUGGUGGGUCCAGUCCGCGGCUGUGUCAUCUUGGGGGUGGACCCUGGCUUUAGACAUGGCUGUAAGCUGGCAGUUCUCUCCCCCACGGGUCAGAUUAUCCAUACUGAUGUUGUCUACCUGCAUAAUUCAGGCCAGCAAAGAGAAGUGGACAAACUGCACCACCUAAUGAUGACAUACAGCUGUACUAAUGUUGUCAUUGGCAACGGGACAGCGUGUCGUGAGACUGAGUCCAUCUUCGCUGACCUCAUCUCUAGGCGCUGCUUUCACCCCCUGGACGUGUCUUACUGUAUAACCAGUGAGGCAGGAGCAUCAAUCUACAGUGUGAGUCCUGAGGCGGUGAAAGAGUUACCGGACAUGGACCCCAACCUGAGGAGUGCAGUGUCUAUAGGAAGACGCGUCCAAGAUCCAAUGGCUGAGCUCGUGAAGAUUGAUCCGAAACACAUCGGCAUCGGAACAUACCAGCAUGAUGUGUCAGCCGGAGCUCUGAAGGCGGCUCUGGACGGCGUGGUGCAGGAGUGUGUGAGCUUCGUCGGGGUGGACAUCAACAUUUGCUCCGAGAUGCUGAUGAGGCAUGUGGCAGGCCUAAUGUAGGGCGUGGCGAAGAGUAUUGCAGAAGAAUGGAGAGAGCAGAAUGGUCCCUUCAACAACAGGGAACAACUCAAACUGGUGAAAGGCAUGGGGCCCAAAACCUACCAGCAGUGUGCCGGCUUCAUCAGAAUCAACCCGCAAACCCUACACAGUGCCAAAUCCUCGCCUCACCCUGUACCUGAGAAACCAGCAGUUAAGAAAAGCAAAGGAAAGACUUGCGUCAACAUACCGACCUCAUUUAACCCCCUGGACCAGACCUGCAUUCACCCCGAGUCCUACCACGUGGCAGAGAGGUUUCUGUCCCUCGUGGGUGGGAGUGCAGACCAGAUCGGGAGUGCAGGCCUGCGACAGUAUGUGGAGAGCAAGGUAUGGACCAGCAGUGUGGAGGAACUGGCCAAGACCGUGGACAGCACACCUGAGACCCUCAAACUCAUCAUCGAUGGCCUCGCGCAGCCCCCCGGGUUCGACAUAAGACAAAGUUUUGGGAAGGCGGUCUUUAAGCGGGGCAUUGUAUCGAUGAGUGAUCUGCGGGUGGGUGCAGUGCUGACGGGCCAGGUGGACAACGCCACUCUGUUCGGGGCUUUUGUAGAUAUCGGGGUUGGCCGCUCGGGUCUUAUCCACAAAAGCAAAAUCACACUGGACAAACUGCCUGCCAGUCAGCGCCGCCGCAGCCUGGCUCUUGGACCUGGGCAGCGGGUGGAGGUCCGGGUCCUCAAUGUGGACCCUCAGAGGGGACGGAUCGGGCUGGACCUGAUCAGGGUCCUGGAAUAGAUUCACUUAUUUCCCAUAUUUCAUGCCUGUCAUAAAAGUUACACACAAAGCUGCUGAAAAUGCAAUGACUUCAUGAUAUGUACAUGUUCUUAUAAGCAGGUUCAAACUAUUUAAGUGUAUUUAUAUGAAUGGCUCUUUACUUUUCACACAUUCCUCUAAUGACGGUGUAUUUGCCAGGGCCUGCAAUUUCAGCAUUUUUCCUGCAAAUAUAUUCAAUUAAAAUAUACGGUUGUCCAUUUUAACUCAGAACAUCAACGACAAAUGGAGCAAAAAUAAAACUUCCUCACAGUUAUGCUAAAGGUGGGAAGACUUCAUUUCCCCUGAAGAAGUUUUUCUCAGGUAGAUUUAGUUUUCUGCCCGUUUAUAAUCCCUGUGUAUCUUUUGAUUGAACGCCAAACCUAAGUGCGUAAUUCAGGGCAAAAUAAUGUUAUCUUUAUAUUAGAUAUUUAAUUUCCCAUCUAGCAUUCUGCACAAACUACUUUCUCCUAGAGAAGAUUUUGAUUUUGAUUUUGCUUAUUAGCAGAAGAUAGCUUCAUAAUAAUAAUUUAAAAUGACUCUUUCUGUAUUCCCACCCUUGUUCUGCUUUGAAGUGCUCCGAACAGUUUGACAAUACACGUGUUUGUUUCUUCUGUUGAAGAAGAUUUAGUUUCUGUGUUUACUGUGUUCGGAUAUCAAUCUGUGACUGGCUUAUCGUUUCAAUUAAAAAAUAUUUUCUGUAUACCU